GGAAAUAAUACAAAACCAGUAUAGGUGAUGCGGGCUGAACGCAGUCACCUUAUUACGAGGGUCCCAAAGAUCUGAGUGACAACUUGACAGAAUUUCCUAUUGAUGUACUUCAGGGAACGACCCGGUAAUUAUCAUACGCCUUUGAGGCAGUGCAUAUUGUAAAAUCAAAGUCACUGCUGGAAUACGCUGCGUUGAUGCGGGCGCAGCCCAGUUUAAGCCGUAUAGGCUACGCGUAUCAUCGUUGUGUGAGCUUUUCUCUACCAUUGAGGGAUGAAAUAACCAACAAAGCAGCUGAUAAAGUUUAAGCAGAUGUACAUGAAGGUGAUUCAGUUGAGUACUGAAACAGGAACUGAAUUUAAGUGAGACAAGAAGAGAGACGGUUGCAUUCCAUAAAUUUUCCUAUUCAUCCCGAAGUGAUAUCGCGGACGUACCAACUUUGCUGGUAACAAAGUGACGAUCAAUUUUCGUGGACUUUUCAACAUCGCAAUGGAAACCAUUUAUUAUCCAACAGCAGGGGCAGACACUAACCCUAACACCUCCUUGGAGGGGGAUACCACCUCUGAAAUUUUUUUGGAGAUUUCUGCCGGUAUCUUUCUGACAGUGGUAGUACUGAUGAACUUUCUGCUCAAUCCCCCGAUGUUGUGCGUCUUGUAUCGUGUCACCAGCAUCCAACCAACGACCAAGAUAUUCAUGGCUUCUCUCACCAUGUCCGACUUGGGUACGGGAAUUAUCUGGCUCAUAAGACUGCCAGGAGUUUUUGCCGGUAAGUGGCUGUUGGGCGAUUUUCUCUGCGCGAUAUCCGGUGUUUUUGGAUACAUCUUUCAGUCACUCAAUCUUCUUUCACUUGUUCUGCUAACUAUCGAUCGUUACAUUGCUGUAUCUCGUCCUCUGCGCUACCCUACAUUGAUGACAGUGUUCAGAUCUAAAAUCCUCAUCUGUGCUAAGUGGACAACGAUCGUAAUUGUUGGUAUUCUGCUAUACGGGAUUUAUCAUCCACGGAGAGUCGAACAGUUAGGAUCUCGUCAACUUUGCUCAUGGAGGAUGGAUAACGUUAGAGGAGUCUUCGGUCUUCUUGCGGUUGUUUUUUGGCAGACUGUCAUAAUCAUUCUUUAUCUGCGAAUUUCCCUGAUAGCCCGCAAACAAGCUCGACGUAUCGCUGCUGAAAACCAAGCAGAUAAUGGCCAGGGUGGGCACAGGAUUAACACUAGAUCCAUCGCCACCAUUGUCAUCAUAACAGGGACCCUAGUCAUCACUUGGAUUCCAAAUAUCAUCCUACUGUUAGUUCCUCUAGUCAACGGAAGUAGUCCCAAUACUUACAUUAACUACUUACUCACCUAUUUUGCUACUGGCUUUGUAAUCUCGAAUUCCUGGCUUAAUGUCAUCAUUUACUACUUGAGGAACAAGCAACUUCGUCGAGUAAUGCUAGUCUUACUUUCAGACUGGCGGCACAGGCUGGUGCAAAACUUUUGACAUAAUUAAAGUCCCUUUUUCC